GUAAUUAGUAAUUAGUUUUGAAGUAUUUAGUAAUUAGUAAUAGUAAUUAGUUGUUGAAUUUUGAUUAACUGAGAUCUAGAAACAUUUUGGAUACCCUUUUCUUUGAGGUUGUAGAUCAGAAUUCACAUAGGAAUUGGACCAGUAUAAGCCAUUUAUGGUUUCAAAUGAUAUGGAUGAAUGGAUGAUGCCACAUUGAAUUUUUCCAAGUCUUUUAGGGCAGACUAACACUUGGUUAAUAAAGUCAAGCUGUCUUAACUGAUUUGUUUAUGUAAACUAUUCCCUGAUUUGUUUAUGAACUGUAUAGUCUUUUUUUUUCCCCUCAUUAGCAUCAUUCAAAAAAACGGGGCAGGGAUUCCUCGUCCCUGAAGAAUCCCCGCUGGGGGAUGGGAAUGGGGGCCUAUUUCGGGGAUGGGGACCCCACUCCCCGCCACGCCCCAUUGCCAUCCCUAUCACAGAGCAGUGUGCACCACCCUCAAGUUGAGUAUCAAAACUUGCAGGCACCGAGGCCCAUAAUUCAUUAAUUGUAACAUCUUUGAUGGGCAAAAUUGCUGGCUUUUAGCCACCACCGCCGUGAGAAGAGCCAGUGUCGGCAGUUGCCGGAAAGCUGAGGCCAAAGUAGCGGAAAUAUUUCUCAAGUAACUUUCUAAAUGGCUUUUCAUUCCAUGAUUUCAAAUUUCCUGCAAAAAUUUUCUUGGUGAUUUCUUUAUGUUUUCUUCCCAUGGUGCCCUUCGAUUCAUGAAAAAGCUUCGUGCUUUUCUGGGUAUUCCUGCCAGUAGCGCCACUUCAGGGUCUAGGAGGAUUUUCUCCAAUUACUUGCAUUGCCUUAAAGAAUCGAAAGGGAGGAGACCCAAUCGGCUAGUUAAUCGACAUGUAAAUAAAUCUUGGAAGAAGUUAGUCAAAAAACAUGUUGAAAAUGUGGAGACUACUAAUGUUUACAUGAGGGAUUUAGUCACAAAAAUAUCAAAUAUAUUGAGAUAUUCAACUUGGGAUUCUGCUCAAGUGCAGUUGGAGAAUCUUUCAGUAAAAUGGGAUUCGUAUACCGUCAAUCAGGUUCUCAAGACCCAUCCCCCAAUGGAGAAGGCCUGGCUGUUUUUCAACUGGGCAGCUAAGGUUAGAGGAUUUAAGCAUGACCAGUAUACCUACACAACCAUGUUGGAUAUAUUCGGUGAAGCGAGGAGGAUUUCGUCAAUGAUGUUUGUUUUUAAGCAAAUGCAAGAAAAAGGGAUCGAGAUUGAUGUGGUUACCUAUACUUCUCUUCUGCAUUGGCUCUCCAACGAUGGGGAUGUUGAAGGGGCAGUUAGGCUUUGGCACGAGAUGAGAGCGAAAGGUUGCUCUCCUACCGUGGUUUCCUACACUGCUUACAUGAAGGUUUUGUUUGAUCACAAUCGUGUUAACGAGGGUGCUGAGGUGUACAAGGAGAUGCUCGAAUCCGGUUGUUAUCCCAAUUGCCACACAUACACAGUCCUUAUGGAGCAUCUCGCUGAUAUGGGGAAGUUUGAUAAAGUUGAAGAGAUCUUUUGUAAAAUGCAAGAAGCCGGGGUUAAACCAGACAAAGCUACAUGUAAUAUUUUGAUUGAGAAAUGCUGCAAAGCAAAUGGAACAAGGACAAUGAUGAAAAUUCUUGACUACAUGAAGGAAAAUUUUCUUGUCCUGCGAUAUUCAGUGUAUAAGGAGGCCCUUGAAACCUUAAAUAGUUUAGGGGUGAGUGACGUGCUUCUCAAACAGGUUAACCGUCACUUUUCAUCAGAUUAUAGCAAUGAGGUGCAGACAUAUAGGUCUGGUUCAACUGAUAUGGAUAGCCACUUCAAUCUAGAAGAAAAACUUGUUAUAUAUUUAUUGAAUAAGCAAAAUCUGAUAGCCAUUGAUUACCUGAUAGCUGAUUUGAUGGGGAAAUGCAUUGGUUUAGAUUCUGGAAUCAUCUCAAGUGUUGUUGAGGCAAAUAGUAACUGUGGGAGACAAGGCGGGGCUUUAUUAGCAUUUGAUUUCAGCAAAAAGCUAGGCAUAAACGUCGAAAGAACUACAUAUCUCACUUUAAUUGGCGAACUUGUCAGAACACAUUCUUUUCAGAGGGUAGUCGAGAUUGUUGAAGCAAUGGUAGGUGCAGGACUUACUCCGGGUUCGCAACUUAGUGCGCUUCUAAUACAUCGGCUUGGCUGCUCAAAUGACCAUGUUUCUGCCGAGAAGGUGUUUUGUCUCUUACCUUACGAAGAGAAAGGCGUUGUUGUCUACACUGGCUUAAUCAGUGCUUACUUCUCGUCUGCUAAUGCUGACAAAGGACUUGAAUUGUUUGAAAAGAUGAAAAGGCAAGGGAUGAAUGUUUCGUUAGGAACUUACUUUGUCCUAUUAAAUGGUCUUGAAAGAAAUGGCAGAGUUGGUGAACUAGAAUGUUACAGAAAGGAGAAGAAAAUUCUUGAAGCUGAAUACCACAAGAAAGAGCUAACGGUGGAGGAAAGACUGUGCGAUGUUCUUUUCAGUGGUUUCAGACUGUAGAAUGGUUUAUUGACAUGGAUUCUGGAAAACUUGUGAUGGAAAUGGUCGUCCUUUGAGUAUUACCAUUUCUCUGUCAGAUUCUAUAUAUUCUCUGCCAUAAAUGUUUCUGCUUUGGAAGACAUUCCUAAUACUGAUGGAAUUCAUGCAUAACUGAAUCAACAAAUGUUAUCUUCAAGAACUGCAAAAUUGGAACAGAUAUACAUGGUUGACUAAGCCCACAAAUAUGAAGAGCUCACUACAUCUUGUACAAGCAUGCACACAAGACACUGAACAAGGACUUUUCACUUUACACCUACUUAAAGGUGUAAAUUGUGGGUAACAGAUGAGUUAAGCAUGUAAAUCCGAGAUGAGAGGAAGACAAAAUCAUGAUCCAUCAACAAAGGAGUUCUUCUCUUAUGCUCAAGUGGUAAAUCACCUGAUCUUAAGUCACCACUCGAGCGGCAGGGUGGGGGUUUAACUCCUACCAACAUCUUGGAGCUAGGACUCUCCAAGUUAGAGUUUUGGCUCCCUAAAUUGGCGGAAGUGUGGAGAUGGAUCCCUUGUGCGCAGAGUCAACAUCAGGUACUAACUGAGAGACUCGCGAUUUACAUAUGACUCUCGAGCAAGGGGAUUUACAUGUAACUCUUGAGCAAGGGUUCUAGAGGCUUAAGAUUAGUCUAGCGUAAGUUGGGAAACCUAAUUUCUGUACUUGAUAUCGCUUACCUCAGGCUGCAACAUUUGUAUCAAUAUGUACUCCAUUUCCAUUCUAGUGAGAAUGAUCAGUUCCCUUUAUUGUACUUUUUUUUUUUUU